AUGUAAUCUGCCCUCCGAAAUCUAUUCAUUUGUAUUAGCUACUGUGUGCGCCGGCUACAUGUGAUAUCGCGGAACACAAUCUGCCAGUCCUGUCUCACUAGAGAGAAAAAGGCGAAGCUAUUUGCUUUGCAAAGUCUAUCAUUGUAAACAGAAAACAGGAAAAAAAAAAAGAAUUUGGAACCGAAUAGACAUUCUCAAGUAACAUGAACGAAACUUAAUAUCGGUGCUUUAAAUCUGUCAGAGACUGGGAUUUUUUGUAACGUUAUGCCUGGAAUUACAUUGGCAAUUGGGGAAGCAUUUUGGUCGGAGUUAAAAAGGUUUGCGGUUGCUGUCAAAUUGGAUUAGGAAGCGAUAACCCCAAAUCUGCCACACAUGGAUUGCCUUUGAAGUGGGGAGCCAUGGCAAAAAUAAAUAACAUUUAAAAAAGGAUACGGAAGAUUUGGAAACUUCAUCCUCGCACGUAUUAAGACUUCAUCACAUGGAGUUCCAGUCACAGUGCUUAGUAUCAUUUGGGUACUGAAUUGACUGGACCACCGGCCCACUGGCAUCUGCAGAUUGUGCCGAUAGGGAAGCAUUUUCAUUACACCACAUAGCUGGAUGGCCGAGAGUAGAAAUGUCACUUUAAAACAACGUUGGAUACAAAUGAGUGUUCGCCAUGCCACCUGGGAUGGUCCUGAUCUCUGCUGCCGCAGUACUGCUCUCUCUCUGGAGCAGUGUCAGCGUGCUGGCCAACGCCCCAUACCCCGCCUUCUCCCGGAACGACACCAGUUUCGAGCACCUGGCCUUGCACCCUGACCCAGAGGUGGGCGUGGUCUACGUCGGGGCCCGGGACCACCUCUUCCAGCUGGCCGGAGACCUGCAGCUGCAGGUGGAGGACGAGACGGGCCCCGUGACAGACAGCAAGGACUGUCUGCCCCCCAUCACCGAUACCAACUGCCCCCAGGCCCGCCUCACCAGCAACCACAACAAACUGCUGCUGGUGGAUCCCUACUCCAGAGAACUCAUCAGCUGCGGCAGCGUUUACCAGGGCACCUGCCAGAAGCGCAGCCUGGACUCCGUCCAGGACAUACUGUUCUCCACCGACAGGCCCGUGGACACCCAGUACGUGGCCGCCAACGACCCCCAGGUGUCGACCGUGGGGCUGGUGGUGCAGGCCCGGGGCAGCCAGCCGGUGCUGUUCGUGGGGCGCGGCUACACCAGCAGCCAGCCCCCCAUCUCCACCCGCAACCUGGCCACGGAGCCCCUCUUCUCCUACGAGGAGACGGCCGUGCUGGCGGUGGCCGGGCGGCUGUCAGAGUACGACCACCACUUCGUCACGGCCUUCUCCCACGGCGGACACGUCUACUUCCUCUUCUACCGCCGCGACCUCAAGUCGCAGUCGCGGGAGUACAGGACGUACGCCUCGCGCAUCUGCGUGGACGAUGGCGCCUACUACUCCUAUGUGGAGGUGCCCCUGGUGUGCCGCUCGGCCGCCGGGAAGGGCUUCGGCCUCCUGCAGGCGGCCAGCGUGAGCCGGCCAGGGGCGCGGCCGGGCCGCCCGGAGGGGGAAGUGCUGCUGGGCGUCUUCUCCACCCGCCCAUCCUCCGCCGGUCGGCCCAGCGAGGACUCUGCCCUCUGUGUGUUCCGCCUGGCCGACCUGGACCAGCGCAUCAACACCACCCGCGACCAGUGCUACACGGACAGCGGGGGCGAGUCCGCCUACAUCGAGUACGAGGUCAAGUCCAGCUGUGCCAGCCUGCCCCUGAACACCCUUGAGGCUUACCCCUGCGGCUCUGACCACACCCCCAGCCCAAUGGCCAGCCGGGUGCCCGUGGAAGCCGAGCCCGUAUUGGAGAGCCCCUCCGCCCGUCUCACCGCAGUGGCUGUCAGUGUGAGGGCGGGGCACACCAUCGCCUUCUUGGGAGACUCCAAGGGAAACCUGCGCAAGGUGUUCCUGGGACCGGAUGGUGAGGUUCAGCAGUACGCCAGCAUCCCCAUCCAGCCUGACUCGGCCAUCAACAGUGACCUCCUCCUGGACCAGGCCGAGGAGAACCUCUACAUCAUGACCAACACUAAGGUGGAGAAGAGGCCAGUGACUGAGUGCUCUCAGCACCUGGACUGCCAGUCCUGUCUGUCUGCCCGUGACCCUUACUGUGGUUGGUGUGUUCUGGAGGGAAGCUGUGGUCAGCGGUCAGAGUGUGUGCGUGCAGAGCUGCCAGGACAGUGGCUGUGGAGCUUCGAUGUGGCGCAGCGGUGCCUCAGCGUCCAGUCUCUGACCCCAGCCAACAUCAGCAGAGAGGAGCAGAGCGAUAUUGUCCUGUCUGUGCCAGGGCUGCCCAGCCUGGAGGAGGGCGAGGCUUAUACCUGCUUCUUCCAGGAGCAUGGCAGUCCCGCCACUGUCACUGAUGCCGGCAUCACCUGCUCGUCCCCGGACGCUGACAAGGUGCCCCCUGUACACCAGGGAGAGGACUAUGUCACGGUCACCCUGUCCCUGCGCUUCCGCGACGUCACCGUCGCCGCCCGGGACUUCACCUUCUACGACUGCGGCGCCGUCAAGCAGCUAUCCGGGAGCAUGCCUUGCCGUGGUUGCGUGACCAGUCGCUGGGGCUGUAAUUGGUGUGUCCAUCAGCAUGUGUGUUCUCACAAGCCUUUGUGUGAGAGCGGAGUCAUCAUUUACAAUGAGCACUUCAGACUUCCCACGUCGGCUCCGCCCACAGCAAAUGCCUUUCCUAAAUUAAUGCCGACAGCCCCUGCCGCAACUCUGGCCCCCACAACACUUCCGCCCACAGCAGCACCCACAACCACCAUUACAACAGCCAGCACCACCACCACUGCUGCUCCAACCGCAGCUGAGCCUGCUGACAUUGCUCCACCCACAGCCACUCCCACCACCUCAGAGCCUGCUGCACGGCUGACCGCACCUCCACCCACAGCUGCCCCCAAUGCUCCGCCCCUUACGAUUGCAGACCGCGACAGCACCCCGCCCCCUGAAGCCACCACCCCUCAGAACGAGGAGGUCCUCAUUGCCGAACCUGAUGGUCCCCGGGAAGGAGCGACCGUAGUGGAGGGUGAAGAAGACACAGAGUCGCUGCCAGGCCCUGGUGUGCAGCCUGUCACCACAAUCGGGCCAGUCACCGUGAUUCCCGUUGUGGACAUGGCGACGACCCCGCCCCCCAGCAGUCCGCAAGUGCUAGAGGAAGCUGUGCCCGUAGCCACCCCCCCCACCGAGCCCCAGCCGUCCCCUGAUGCCCCCGUCCCGACCUCCUAUGACACCCCCUUCCUCUUGGGGGCGCCAGUGGACUCUGACACCUUUCUGGCAGAGCCCACCCCUUUGCCUCCCGCCCCGGUCCCGAAUGAAGAGGUGGAUGCUGAACAGGGCUCAGUGCCCCUGCCCCGGGGGGAGGGGGAGGCGGAGGCGGCCGAGGCCAACGGCGUGAACGACACGGCCACGUUCUCGGCCGCGGUGCUGUCCGGCGAUGGGGACAGCGACCACGCCCCUGCCGCCUACCCCCACCUGCAGGACCCUGACUCUGAGGCGGGCUACCAGUACGACUCGCCCGACUUUCCCCUGCCGGGGGAUGAGGGCUCCUUCGUCAGCGCGGGGUCGUCUGCCUGCCCCUGUGUGGAGAAGGUCCAGGGCUCUGCCCUCCUGCCCGUCAGUGUGGAGAGGAAGAUCACGUUGCUGGGACGGAACCUUCACCUCUACCAGGACAAGGAGUUGAGCUACGAGUGCGUGCUGAUGAUCGAGGGCCGCGCUGUGGUGGUGGGCUCGGACGUGGAGGCGGACGACUCGAACCCCGCCGUCUACCACAUCACCUGCCAGCCCCAUCAGUAUGCGUACUCUGCAUUCCUGGAGGAGUAUAACGCCAUGGUGUACAUGAGGAGGAAAGAUGCCUUCCAUGUGGACAGCCCUCAGGACCUGCAUGUGACCCUGUACAACUGCUCGGUGGGGCGCUCGGACUGCAGCCGCUGCCACACGGCGGAGCGGAAGUACGACUGCGUGUGGUGCGGAGGGGCGCGCUCCAGCUGCCUCUACAGGGACACCUGCGCAGAGGAGAUCGCACACACCUGCCCCGCGCCCGUCAUCACCUUUAUCGAGCCUCAGUCGGGCCCGCUAGAGGGGGGCACUACCAUCACUAUCUCAGGGUCAAACCUGGGGCAGAAGGCCCAGGACAUCCAGAAUUCGGUCACUGUGGCCGGCAUCCCGUGCACAGUCAACCCCAGCCAAUACGAGGUCUCCUCCAGAAUUGUGUGUGUGACAGCAGCCAGCGAGGGAGAGAAAUCUGGGCCGGUGACUGUCAGGGUCAACGGAGGAGGGCACGGCAUCUCAUUCCAGGUGUUCAGCUACCAGGACCCCGUGGUGACAGGGGUGUCCCCUCAGAGGGGCCCAAAGUCAGGGGGGACCUCCCUGACUGUGACAGGACGGUAUCUACGCACGGGGCGCCCCAGCGAGGUCAGCGUUCGGAUAGGAGACGUCCCAUGUCUGAUCACGUCAGAGAUAAAGGAGGACCGCUUUGAGUGCCAGACUGGCGCCAGUAAUAAGAUGGGGGAGCACACCGUGACGGUGCGCUUCGGCAGCAGUGAGCGCCACCUGCAGGGAGCCGCCUACCACUACACCGCCGACCCCAACAUCACCCAAGCUGUGCCCUCCAAGAGCUUCCUCUGUGGGGGCCGGGUGAUCCGUGUGUCGGGACAUAACCUGGACGUGGUCCAGGAGCCGCGCAUUCUGGUGACCGUGUCCCCGUUGGAGCCCCACCAGCAGAGGAAGAGGAGGAGGAGGAGGAGGGGUGCAGGGGAGGACGCGGGGCCAGCGAGAGGUGACGCGGUGCUGCCAAGGCACCGGCGAAUUGUUCCGGAGCCCGAUUGUCCUGAAGGCACGCUCUGUACCGUCAAGCAGUUCGUGGAGCGCUGCGAGAUGAACACCAGCUCCCUGAUCCUGUGCAGGACGCCGGCGGUGGAGGCCCAGGUGAGCCAAGCCUGGGUGCGAGUGGAGUUCCUCCUGGACAACCUGCGCUUUGACUUCAACUCCGUCAGCCCGAGCGCCUUCAGAUACGAGCUCAACCCCGUCCUGCACCCGCUCAACCAGCACGACCCCAGCAAGCCCUACCGCCACAAGCCCGGGAGCAUUAUCUCUGUGAAGGGAGAGAAUUUAGACCUCGCCAUGUUCAAGGAGGAGGUGGUGGCCAUGAUUGGGGAGGGGGUGUGUUCUGUCAAGACCCUGACCCAGAACCACCUGUACUGCGAGCCCCCUCACCAGCAGCCGUCCCCAGGUCCCAGCGGGAAACGGGAGGGCACAGAGGCCCUUCCCGAAUUUACAGUCCAAAUGGGGAAUCUGAACUUCUCCCUGGGGAAGGUCCAGUACGACGCACAGAACCCAUCCCCCUUCCCCCUGGAGGCCCAGAUCGGGGUGGGGGUAGGGGCAUCCAUUGUAGCUCUCAUAGUCCUUAUCAUCGUGCUCAUAUACAGGAGAAAGAGCAAGCAGGCCCUGAGGGACUACAAGAAGGUCCAGAUCCAGCUGGAGAACCUGGAGACCAGCGUGAGAGACCGCUGCAAGAAGGAGUUCACAGACCUGAUGACAGAGAUGAUGGACAUGUCUAGUGACCUCGUGGGCUCCAGCAUCCCCUUCCUGGAGUACCGGGCGUACGCCGAGCGGAUCUUCUUCCCCGGCCACCGGGAGUCGCCGCUGCGCCGCGACCUGGACGUGCAGGAGAGCCGGCGGCAGACGGUGGAGCAGGGCCUGGUGCAGCUCUCCAACCUGCUCAACAGCAAGCUCUUCCUCACAAAGUUUAUCCACACCCUGGAGAGCCAGCGGACCUUCUCGCCCCGGGACAGGGCGUACGUGGCCUCCCUGCUGACCGUGGCCCUGCACGGCAAGCUGGAGUACUUCACCGACAUCCUCAAGACCCUGCUCAGCGACCUGGUGGAGCAGUACGUCGCCAAGAACCCCAAACUCAUGCUGAGGAGAACUGAGUCAGUGGUGGAGAAGCUCCUCACAAAUUGGAUGUCCAUCUGCCUCUAUGCCUUCCUGAGGGACUCUGUGGGCGAGCCUCUUUACAUGCUCUUCCGUGCCAUUAAGCACCAAGUGGACAAAGGGCCGGUGGACGCGGUGACCGGGAAGGCCAAGUACACCCUGAACGACAACCGCCUGCUGCGGGAGGACGUGGAGUACCGCACUCUGACGCUGAACGUCCUGAUGCAGGGUAGUGGGGGUAACGAGGCCCAGGCGGUCCCGGCCAAGGUACUGGACUGUGACACCAUCACACAGGUGAAGGAGAAGAUCCUGGACCAGGCCUACAAGAGCACCUCCUUCUCACACCGCCCACAUACCGACUCCCUCGACCUGGAGUGGCGGUCGGGCGUGGCAGGUCACCUGAUCCUCUCGGACGAGGACUUGACGUCAGUGGUCCAGGGGACCUGGAAGCGCCUCAACACCCUGCAGCACUACAAGGUGCCAGAUGGAGCCACAGUGGCACUGGUCCCUCGACACACCAAGCACAUGCACCAUGACAACCAGGACUACGUGGCGGGAGAAAAGACACCCAUGCUGGAGGACGCCGAGGAAGGCGGGGUGAGGCUGUGGCACCUGGUGAAGGGCAGCGAGGAGCCGGAGCUGCCCAAACACCGGCGCGGUAGCCUGAGGGAGCGGGAGAGGGCCAAGGCCAUCCCCGAAAUCUACCUCACACGCCUGCUCUCCAUGAAGGGUACGCUGCAGAAGUUUGUGGACGACCUGUUCCAGGUGAUCCUCAGCACGAGUCGGCCAGUCCCUCUGGCUGUUAAAUACUUCUUUGACCUCCUGGAUGAGCAGGCUGCGCAUCAUGGGAUUGCAGACCCUGAGACCAUCCACAUAUGGAAAACCAACAGCCUGCCCCUGAGGUUCUGGAUCAACAUCCUGAAGAACCCGCAGUUCAUCUUCGACGUGCAGGCCUCUGACAACGUGGACGCCGUGCUUUCAGUCAUUGCCCAGACCUUCAUGGACUCCUGCACCAUCGCCGAACACAAGCUGGGCAGGGACUCACCGAUCAACAAGCUGCUGUACGCUAGAGACAUACCCCGGUACAAACAGAUGGUGGAAAGGUACUAUGCUGAUAUCCGACAGACCAUUUCUGCCAGCGACCAGGAAAUGAACUCCGCUUUAGCAGAGCUGUCUCGAAAUUACUCAGGUGAACUGAAUUAUCUGGUGGCCUUGCAUGAGCUGUACAAGUACAUCAACAAAUACUAUGACCAGAUAAUCACUGCCUUGGAAGAGGACACUACUGCCCAGAAGAUGCAGCUUGGUUACAGGCUACAGCAGAUUGCUGCUGCCGUGGAGAACAAAGUGACAGACUUGUGACAGCGAGACCAGAGGAAGCCAGCAGCUGCAGAGUGGGGGAGAGAGAGGGGGAGAGAAGGAGGUGGAUGGGUGAACUGGGGGGGACACAACCCUCGUUCCUUUCCUGUGUGGGACUGAAAUCAGGAGAGGAGGAGCUCCUCCACACUCCCUCUCUGUGUCAUCACCAGAGGGUGACAGCCUCUCCCCUCCUGUGCUUUGAAAAUCCCCAUUAGAGCGAACCAAACCUGCGUGCUUAACAGGCCCUAGGAGUCACUGGUCAGGACAUUCAGAUCUCCUUCUGCUCUCAUUAACGCUGAUGAUACAACACAGAGACAUAUCAGAAUAGCCCUGCAGACACAGAAUGAUGGGAGGCCAUGAAGAUGGACUGGAAAACGAUGGACUGAUCUAAUAGCGUUAAUGAAUUCCCACAAAUUGGCCCUUAAUGGCUUGACUUAAAAAGCAUACAGUGUUGCUAUGGAGCUGUAACAGGCAGAUGGGUAUGCCUAUGUAGAUCUUGGUUUUGAGAGAUUCUAUUUUCUAAUUUUUAUUUUCCAGUCUUAUUUUUUUCACUAUUGUUAAAGCCACGUACUUCAGGUUAAAUCCAGGUUAAAUUCCUCCUCGUGAGUUAGGUGAAGAGCCAGGAUACCACAUAAUAUCAGGACUGUGUUUGUUGGACACUACUUGUAAAUACAUCCUUCUCAGUUCUCUCCUAUUCCAGCGGUGGGACACAGGGGUUUUAAAUUGAUCUUGUAACUGGAAGGUUACAGGUUUGAUUCCAAGUGACUUGGUUUCCCCUUAAGCCAAGGUACUUACCCUGAAUAAUAUGUAAGCUCUGUAAGUCACCCUGGACACAUGCAUCUACCGAGCAAGUAAAUAAUGAUAAUAAUAUUCCUAAGUGUGGGUAUGACAACUUGAUGAGUUUGCAUUGAUCAACAGAGACAGUUCAGUAAGGUCUGAAAAAAACAACAGACAAGGUGUUGCCUGUGGUCCCAUACAGGG